AUGGACACGAACAUGCAGAAAUUUACAGUUAGGAGAUGGUUUUCCAUCUACCUUCAGAAGAAGUCACGGUCCAAAAAUGCGAACCUCUGCAGAUUAGAGGACGAUGGCAUCCUGAAAGAGAUCGACAUCAGCCAGCACACCAAAGAGGGCUUUGAAAAGGCAGACCCCUCCCAGUUUGAGCUGCUGAAAGUGCUAGGCCAAGGCUCCUAUGGAAAGGUGUUCCUGGUGAGAAAAAUCAAAGGCUCUGACAGAGGACAGCUUUAUGCCAUGAAAGUGUUAAGGAAAGCAACGCUAAAAGUUCGGGAUCGGGUGAGGUCCAAAAUGGAAAGAGACAUUCUGGCUGAAGUCAACCACCCCUUCAUAGUCAAACUCCAUUAUGCCUUUCAGACGGAGGGGAAGCUAUAUCUGAUUCUAGACUUCCUCAGAGGGGGAGACCUCUUCACACGGCUUUCUAAAGAGGUGAUGUUUACUGAAGAGGAUGUGAAGUUCUAUCUGGCUGAGCUGGCCUUGGCCUUAGAUCACCUUCACAGUCUGGGCAUCAUCUACAGAGACCUCAAACCAGAGAAUAUUCUUCUUGAUGAGGAGGGCCACAUCAAGAUAACAGAUUUCGGGCUGAGUAAAGAGGCAAUAGACCAUGACAAGCGAGCGUACUCCUUCUGCGGGACGAUAGAGUACAUGGCCCCUGAGGUGGUCAACAGAAGAGGACAUACACAUAGUGCUGACUGGUGGUCAUUUGGCGUCUUAAUGUUUGAAAUGCUGACAGGAUCUCUACCAUUUCAAGGCAAAGAUCGCAAGGAAACAAUGGCCCUCAUACUAAAGGCAAAACUUGGCAUGCCGCAAUUCUUAAGCCCAGAAGUGCAAAGUUUAAUACGGGCCCUCUUCAAAAGAAAUCCUACCAAUAGAUUAGGUGCUGGACCAGAUGGAGUCGAGGAGAUUAAAAGGCAUAAUUUCUUUGGAAAUAUAGAUUGGAAUAAACUUUACAGAAGAGAGAUCAAGCCUCCAUUCAAACCAGCAGUGGGCAGGCCAGAUGACACCUUCCACUUUGACCCUGAAUUCACCUCCCGCACACCAACAGACUCGCCGGGCAUCCCUCCCAGUGCCAACACACACCAGCUCUUCAGAGGGUUCAGCUUCGUGGCAACUAAUCUGGACCAGGAGCAGUCCAUUGCUGAAAUACGGCAAAGCUCAACUGUCAACACUAUUGUCCAACAACUUCAUGGGACCAACAUCCAUUUCACUGAUGGGUAUGAGAUGAAGGAGGAUGUGGGCUUGGGGGCGUACUCCGUCUGCAAACGCUGCAUCCACAAAAUCACCAGUGUUGAAUAUGCUGUCAAAAUCAUCGACAGAGCCAAAAAAGAUCCAUCUGAGGAAAUUGAGAUUCUGUUGAGAUAUGGGCAGCAUCCAAACAUUAUCACGCUGAAGGAUGUCUAUGACGAUGGGAAGUAUGUGUACCUUGUGAUGGAGCUGAUGAGAGGUGGAGAGCUGCUGGACAGAAUCCUCCAUCAGAAGAGUUUCUCUGAGCGAGAGACCUCUGCUGUGCUCUGCACUAUUACCAAGACAGUGGAGUACCUUCACUCACAGGGGGUUGUACAUCGUGACCUUAAACCAAGCAACAUCCUCUACGUGGAUGAAACGGGAGAUCCGGAAUCGAUCCGAAUUUGUGAUUUUGGGUUCGCCAAACAAUUAAGGGCAGAAAAUGGUCUCCUCAUGACGCCCUGUUACACAGCAAACUUUGUGGCUCCAGAGGUCCUGAAGAAGCAGGGGUAUGAUGCUGCUUGUGACAUCUGGAGUUUGGGAAUCCUACUCUACACUAUGCUCGCAGGCUUCACCCCUUUUGCCAAUGGUCCUAAUGACACCCCGGAGGAAAUACUGGCUCGCAUUGGUAGUGGAAAAUAUGCCCUCAUCGGAGGAAACUGGGAUACAGUUUCUGAUGCUGCAAAGGACAUUGUGACUAAGAUGCUUCAUGUGGAUCCACACCAACGGCUGACGGCCCCCCAGGUUCUCAGACACCAGUGGAUAGUCAACCGAGAACAACUGUCUCAGAGUCAGCUCAUCAGACAAGAUGUACAGCUUGUGAAGGGCGCAAUGGCUGCAACAUACUUGGCUUUGAAUCGUUUGCCUCUGGCCCCAAAGCUGGAGCCUGUGGAGUCUUCAAGUUUGGCGCAGAGAAGAGGAAUGAAGAGACUCACAUCCACUGGUUUAUAGCACCCUCAUAGAUGAUUCAGGGACAGAGCUUGAA